AAAGCCGCCGCUCUGCGGCAGGCAGAGAUCAAACGAGUCCCAUCAGUGCUGCAACAACAUUCCUGCUCUCCUCUGCUGCACCGAGCACCGGCGACUCCCCGGGAGACCAGCUCAGCACCUUCUGCCUCCCACCAGAGUCAUGACCAAGGAGAUCGACGCUUUGAUGGUUCUGCAGAACGAGACCUAUAACUUCCCUCGAUAUUACGACGGCCUCAUCAUGGAGCCCUGGAGGCAGUACGGGGACGCCACACUGCAGGACGAGGCGCGUGCCCGCAGCCGCCUCCCCGCCGAGGACGAGGCCACUGCCCUCUCCUUCAUGUGUGACCAAUACAAGGCCCCUAAAGAUCAGAAGAUGACGCCCUGUGGUCGCAGCAUGUAUAAGCAGCUUGAGCGGAGUGCCAGCAUCACGUCCCCGGACCUGGCUGCCUUGGAAAGCCCCACCCACAUUAUGAAGCUAUUCUCUGAAGUGAUUACCAAUGGCCAGCAGCAGGAGGCGCUGGAGCUGAACAAGAAGCUGACACCCAUGUGCCCUGCCCGGGCAGCGCCGCAGACUGAUGGCUACAUCGAGUCCAGUGGUGAGAGCUACGACAAGCAGGUCAUCAACCACAUCUUCGAGUCCAUUCUUCUGCCAUCGCAGCCCAAGUGGACCCCUGGUGCCAGUCCCGAGGCUGUGCACUACCCAGAAUCCUACGUGGGACCAACCAGCCCUGUAUACUCCUACACAAACUCCCCCUCCGAGAAAUACAGGAAUGAGUUUCAGUUUGCCCUGGGUGCCCCCCAAGCCUCCCAGCACAAGACCAGCGAGCUGCCCAUGGUCUAUCUCAACAAGGGCCAGUUUUACCCCAUCACCCUCAACGGGCUGGGGGGGGAAGGCGCUGGGGGCCUCUCCUGCAGCAAAGUGAAGACAGUCAUCAUGGCCGUGUUUGAGAACGACAAAAGCCCAGAGAUGCAGCUGAAGUGCUGGAACCACUGGCACGCCAGGCAGCCCACCGUCAAGCAGAGGGUCAUUGACAUCGCGGACUACAAGGAGGUCUUCAGCAGUAUCAGCAAUGUGGAGGAAGUCGCCUUCAACGCAUUGUCCUUCAUCUGGAACACAGCCGAAGAAGCCAAGGUCUACAUUGGCAUCAACUCGCUGAGCACGGACUUCUCCUCCCAGAAGGGUGUAAAAGGCCUCCCCCUCAACCUGCAGAUCGACAUCUACGACUUCAGCAGUGGCACCAACCGUCUCAUCCACAGGGCAGCCUGCCAGGUCAAAAUCUUCUGUGAUAAGGGCGCAGAGAGGAAGAUGAGAGACGAGGAGCGGAAGAGGGAGAAGAGGAGGGUCAAAGCCACCGAUUCCAGCCGAAACACGUCCAACAGCAAGCAGCCAGUGGUCUCCAGCUCCAUCAGCAGCGACUGCACCUCCUUCAAGAUGCUGGAGGACAUGGUGACGCUACCUGUGCUCUUCAUCCCUGAGAUGCACUUCUCCAGCAUGCAGCGCUGCGGCCUGGUGGUCCCUGCAACUCUGGGCGAAUCCGAAAGGUCUGCACUGAAAAGGAGAAGCUGCCCAGCAUACCCAGAGGGCAGUGAGCACUGCAGCCCCACCCCCUGCAAGCAGCCCAGGCAGGAGGAGCCUCAAAGAGUGCUCCUGUACGUUCGGACAGAGGGGGAGGAGGUUUUCAACGCCCUGAUGCUGAACACACCGAACCUCAAAGGCCUCAGAGAAGCUAUUUCGGAAAAAUACAGCAUACAAGAAGAAACCAUCGGGAAGAUCUACAAAAAAUGCAAGAGAGGGAUUUUUGUCAACAUGGACGACAACAUCAUCGAACACUACAGCAACCACUCGGCCUUCCAGAUGGAGAUGACGGACUUGAUGGGACAAUUCCAGAUCACACUCAGCGAGUUGUAACCAACCUCUGCACCCCCCCAACACAAAUUUAUCAGCUGCCUUUUGAUUUCAAACCUCUAAAACGCUGCCAGCAGGAGACGGACAAGGAACUCAGGACCUCAGCCAGACACGAGCUUACCCCUCAUGCCUCUGUAAAUACACACCAAACUCUUUUGUACUGUUUAUGGAUUUUUGUUACCAAUAUUUUAUAUAAUGAAAGCAAUUAAGGUUUGAGUUUUGUAAAUACGAUGUAAAUAGAAAUAAAUAUGGAAAACGCGUGUGAGUCAAGCGGAGAACUUCCGGAUUAAUAGCUGAACGAACGCUGCCUAUCAACUCGUGCUGUUACAACUAGGCAAUAUUGUGCAGUGUCACCCGCUUUCCACAGGGUGGUGCUGAUGCUACUUACUGGGCUUAACAUUUCUUUGAAUUGCCCGGCGCUGGCAGAAAUACGUACGCUGGGAUUUUUAUUUUAUUUUAUUAUUUUUUUAGCCGCCUGCCAUUUCUUAGUCUCGUUUAGAUCGCCAUUACUUCCUUUCAUUUUCAUCCCUAAAGCAAAAAAAUGGCUUUCAGAAUAAAUCACACAUUUCUCCAGUAAAACCGCACAGCGGUGUGGUCGUGCCCCGUAUCACAUUUCGCGUAUGCACCUGUUGCAUAUGAGCGUGGACGUCCUUUCAAAAUGUCGGCAUGAACCACUAGAGAACAAACAGCUAUUUCAGCAUGACCCCAUGUUUCUGCCAAGAUUUCGGUCUCCAGACUGUAUUUUACAGCAUUUCAAGGCUUUGUAUCUCUGUAUUAUUGUGUAAUGUCACUGAAAGUGCCACGCAUUUCUAAACUGUUCUUUUUUUAAAUAAAGCUUAUAAAAUGAUAAA